CGUUUACACUUGAAAUCUGAAAGUUCGGUAGCAUCAUGUGCUACUUUGUGUGAAGAUAUCAUGAUUUCUGUAAUUUCAGCGUCUCGAUUCACUUUCUCCAUUUCCAAAUCCACGAAGCUCUGUUCGUGUUCGAGGUCUAGGGUUUGGCCCUCUUCUUCACUCAGUCUCCGCUCUCGUAACCGAAAUUCGAAUCUAUUUAGCUCCGCUUCUAUGAGUGAAUCCGCUGAAAGUAAUUCCGCUCCUCCACCGGACGACAUCGUGGAGAAGGCAGCCGACGUUUUGAUUCAGUACGUGGUGCUCCGGAGAGAUCUGAUCGAUUCGUGGCCACUUGGAAGCGUCGUAACUCAGGGAUGCCAUGCUUCAGUCUCCGCUAUUUGGUUGAACAAAGACGAUCCCCAAACUUCCGAGUACUGUAGUCCACACAAUAUCGAUUCUAUGCAUAAGGUUACUCUUGAGGUGAAGGGAGAAACUCAGAUCGUCAACUUGUCGGAGAAACUUAAAGAAAAUUCAAUCGCCCACAAACUAUGGAUAGAACAACCAGAGAACAUUCCAACAUGUCUUGCGACCAAACCCUACCCCAAAUCUGUUGUAUCAGCAUUUUUCAAAAAACUGAAACUCUGCAAGUGAUGCAAUAUUGAACUGUAAAGAACUGAUGAGUAAUUUCAUUUUUUAUGCCCAUCUUCUAGUUCAUAUUAAGAUAUGUAUAAUUCUACUUUCGAAGACAUCCAGAAUUACAAACCGUUUCUGCAGAGAUCAUGCGGCACACGCGAAGUAGCUCAUAAUCAUAAAAGAGACGUGGCAGAAGAAAGGCCAAUAUUUUGGAACAAUCAAGAACUUGCGUUUGGUUUUCCAGUAAAGGGGGAGGAAGCAGAACCUCCAUUGGCUUUCAACGUCGGUGGCCUGGAUCAUGCCUCCGCAGAAGGGGCAAGCCCCUGGAGCUGGUUGCCUGGACAGCACCCUCUGAUCCUCAUCGCACACGAACACCAAACACAUCUUGUCACCUCCUUCAGUGGUGGACUUGGAAGACUUUAUAGAGAGAGAAAGAAGGAAGUUUCAUGGAAUUUAAGGUUUCCUUGGGGUUUGGCCUGUUAUGGUGGAGAACCGCGUGUAUCUAGAAGAUUCUGACCCACUCCAGAAAGAAGGAGAAGAAAAGUAUUAGAUUCGGAACAAAGUCUAGAUGGGGGAAUUUUGUACACUCGUCUUCACAGUAGGAACACGUGGAUCUCCAGAUUUUGGAACCUGAUCUCUCCAAAAAACCAGUCUUUGUAGAGCUGACAAGUGUGGUGGAUGGUUUGGCCCCAAAAGAGGAAGACCGGACCGGAGCAUGAGCAGCCCUAUUCCUCGGUUCAGGCGAUCGAAAUGGCUUCCCCAAACGUUGCAUAGCCGGUGGUGGUUUGUCAAAAGAUCUUCUUCUAUUCAAACUAGGCUUGCCCUCGGGUAUCGGCGCAGGGCCUGCAGACUUCUUGAUCGGCUUAAAGUUAUGAUCGUGACGGGAGCUGGCCGUGGAUUUGAGGUAAUUCGGAACAUGUUUCUGAGGGAGGAUUGAAAGAGAAUGAGUAGAAGAAGAAGAUGGUGAUGGUGAAGAAGGAAAGGAAGAUAGCUUUUGAUCAGUGGAGAUGCCUCUAGGAGAUGACUUUGGAGUUCUCUUGGUUGAAGUAUUAGGAUUAGGAAUGGUGACAGAACUGGGAGUUGUGAUCUUCCUCUCCUUCCCCAAACCACAGCUUUCUUUUGCUCUACUUGUUGCCAUUCAGCUACCUCAGCUUCCAGAGUACAAGCAUUACCUACAUUUUCAAUAAGAUCUAAGAUCACGAGAUCAGAAAUUCAAAUGUUCACGAGUUCACGAGUUUCUGAUGAUCAAAAUGGAGGUUUUAAACGUUUGAUU